AUGAGUGAUGUAACUCUUCAUUUGAAGGAAGUUUCUGUUCGCUUCAACGGCUACAAGGCCUGGAUUAAACUUUCGGGGGCUUAUAGAAACACUCAAUGUGGACUUUGUGGACACUACGACGAUGCUACAAAUGAUGAAAAUGAAAUGAUAAUGGCCAAUAAUGAAUUUACCUCCAACCUCGCCCAAUUCCAUCGUUCCUAUUCUCUUUCAAACAGCCACGACAACAACGACCAAAUGUGCAAUGAACAACAACUUGACAGAUUUUAUGAAGAAAAUAAAAAUAAAUUUGGCUAUUCUGAAGCUUUGGAAAUAGAGGAAGAAGAGGGUAAGGAAAUGAAGGAAGGAAGCAAAAAUAAAAAAUAUAAUGAAUGGGAAGAUGAAAUGUUUGAUGGAACUUUUGGUGAUCAGAGUGAAAAUGAUGAGGCCUAUUUCUCUGAUAAUUAUCAAGGAAGUGAGCAAUAUAUUAUGAGGAGUGAGAUGAAUGGAAAUAAAAUGGAGAAGAUUAUAGCCCCACAAGAGAAAACCAGAUUGAUCGAAAUGGAAAACGAAAUAUGCUUCUCGAAACAACAGAUAAAGCAAUGCCCAAGUGGAAGCUAUCCUUAUGGUUGGUAUAAUAAUGGAGACAACGAAAGCCUUCAAGAAAACCUUCAAGCAAAUCAACAAGGAAAUAAGCAAACAAACCAACAAAACUUUACAUCAAAAAAUGUUCCCUUCAUACACUGCGGUGCAUAUGUUUAUGCACACUAG